CAAACGUUUCGCAUGUUGUACAACUAUAGUGUUAACCCUUACCAGCUUGACCGAUUGGUUACCACCGUUACUACGCCUAACCUCAAGGUAUUCGAUCUCAGGAUACACAGUACUGAAAAUUACUGGAAGUUGUCACCUAGCAUAUUGUCUUGCAAGUCAUUAGUGGUUUUGAAAUUAGCCUGGAAAAUCGACUUUCAUCCUCUUCUGUCAUCGUCCUUAUCCUUUCAAUUACCAAGACUAAAGAUUCUGCGUUUCAAAAGAAUUAGUUUUCGAAACUGCAACUCUUUAACUAGGCUCCUCUCUGCCUGCCCGGUCCUUGAACAGUUGUCCUUGAAAGUAGUCAGUUUUCCCAAGGAUGUUUGUAUAAAAAUAUGGGUACCUACCCUUAAACUUUUGCGUAUCAAGUAUGCAAGGCUUUGGUUUGAGAGUGAAUUCCCUGUGGUUGGUUACAAAUAUGAAAUAGACGCCCCAUCUCUCGAGUACUUUGAGUUUGGUGGUCCUUUGGGCGAUAUCAUUUUCCUUGGAAAACUAGACAACUUAAUUGAGGCAAGACUCCAUAUUUGGUCCAUUGAGAAUGAUGAAUCUCUGUAUGAUCUUGGACUUGAGAUGAAAUUGGAGAGCGUAUUCAAGCUUCUUGUGCCACUUAAUAAGCUCAAGUUCCUUUCAUUCUCUUAUAGUGCUAGAGAGUGUCGCGGCUUUGGUUCCUUCUGUUCUAUGUUCCAAAAUCUGGUCCGACUGGACUUUACAUUUAAUAAUCGUAACUGGGAUGUUUUACAAGCGUUGCUUCGAGUGGCUCCAAAUCUACGAGUUCUUUUUUUUAAAAGGAGUUAUGAUUACCAUAGGUGUCAUCAUUGGAGUCCUGCUCAUGUUGAAGAACACAACCAGUUAUGCUCUAGUGAGCCACCAAAGGAUCCUAAUGCUCUGUCUUCACACCUUACAACGUUUUACUUUCGUGGAUACAGUGGAAUUGAAAAUGAAGUGGAAUUUGUAAAAUUUAUUCUAAAGGAGUCAAGACUCUUGAAGACAAUGACAGUUGAAGUUGAGAGUUACAUGUCAGAGGAAGGUGUUCUUGAGAAACUAUCGACGUUUCCAAGGAGUUCUAGCACAUGUCUACUUACAGUUAAAUGAGUUGUCUUUGUAAAAGGGUAUGGUCUCUCUUCAAAUGCUAGCCAUUAAAUAACUAAGGCAUGUUACUAAGUUUUUAUUUUUAUUUUAAAUUUUAUAAAGAGACCAUUUUGCGGUGAUAAAGUUGAAAUUACUCUUUUCUGGUUGUUAAAUGUUUUGUCCUCUUUAUUUGAUGGAGAGAGAGUGUGUUUUUGG